AUGUGCCUCUUCCAUAUUCUCAACUGCUCCGCACACAACGCAAAUACUCUGCGCCGCGUUCUCACCUGGCCCUCUCGCGAGAUCAUCGCCGCAGGCUUGGUCCGGUGCAAGUGGUACGAAGCAAUCACGAGAGGCUGUCUGGAUCCUCAGACACGCUCGAAGUUCGAGGACCCAGAUGUCGUCUGUCCCUACGUGGUGGUGCGCCAUGACGAAAUCCCCCUUCCCGAGGAUGUAAUCAAAGGCAUUGUGGAAGCCGUGUACCUGGAAUGCGUCCCCGACCACGGCUGCGCAGACUGCGAGGAGACUAUUUUCAGCCAUGAGAUGUUGGGCCCGCUCCCGACAAAGGCAGAGAAACUGGAUUAUCUCCGCGCAGUAGGCUGGGUUGGAUCGUCAGCAAUUGCCGAGGCCAAAGCUGCCUCUCAAGCUAGAAGUAUUGCUGGACCAAGCGCUGCUCAGAUAGCCGGUGAGGAGGCACACCAGGCACCGGGCGCGAAGCGGAAAAAUGACAAUGAAAAAGUUGCCGAAUCAAAGGGACAUGACGAUCAUGCUCAUAUCGUCGAAGCGAGGCCAGCAAAGAACGCCCGCAAGGGAAGUUGGCAGCAUAGUGACGUCCAAGACGAAGACCGAACCGUUAGUCCAUCCCCUACAGAGCCUUCAAAGGUGCCGCCUCGCAAGCCCACCGCUCUACAACUCGUGAAUCCCCUGGUGGGGGAAAACGUCCCGCCAGCUUUGCGGAAGCGAUCAAGGUCUUCCUCCCCGGCGUUGUCUAGCACCCCUGCCGGCAAUGGAAGGAACUUGAGCGAUGCAGCCUUACAUGGCCUCAUUGAAAAUUUUCGCCCGCCGAGUCAGCGACACUCAAGAAACAGGAAUGAGGAUGCACUGCAGAGACGGAGGGAGGAGCUCGGCAUCGCGAUGGCGACGCACUUGAGCAUAGAAGCACAGCGUUCACGCGAGCCGGUUCUUCCAGACAACAAUUGCAGCUCCAUAAAGUCCGAGAAAGAUAGCAAGGAGAAGAAUGCGCGCGCCAUGAGCCCACCCGAGUCGAAUCUGAUUGAUCUGACAAAGAGUCCAAUCGUUGAACCGUCGGGAUCCCAAACCGAACCAGCAGAAGCACGGUCAACAUCGUGGGAAAACAGGGAGGAAGUCAUCAGAGAGCGUGUCCGCGACGCCUUUGACCGUCUAGACUCAGCAGCUCAGCAAAAAGACCCUGCCGCGCACGCCACCGAGGCUGAAGGCGGCGAAUUCGGGGCAGAAGUCCUGCGCGGCGUGAGAGACGGCUCCUUUCAGCACGCGGUGGCAGAAAUCUCCCGCAAGCACUGGGACCCGGAUGCGCCGCCCUUGAGCUCUUCGAAAGCGGGCGGCUCAAAGGGGCAAACAGAGGUGCUCCUGGACAGCGUCCGAAUCCUCCGCCACGAGAAGGCUGCCUUCCUCGACCGCAUCGCCGGCUUGCUGGAGGAGAAGGCGGCUGCGAUGGAGAGGGAGGCGGCCUUGAUACGAAGAGUCGUCGAGCUAGAGGGGAGGACAAGACAUGCUAAUUACGCCAGCGAGAAAGAGAAGGACAACCAACGGAUAAUGCUGCCACCAUCGCCUCGGGCAUCAUCGUAA